AGGGGAGAGGGAGACUGAUGGAGUCUGAUUUGGGCCAGUUAUGAGAUGGACCUGAAAAGGAGCCCAUCAAAAGCACCUGCUACUCCGAUUUGGGCCCUAAAAAUGACGUCUCGCCCGAUACGUUAUUAAGUUCGAGUUUGGUUCCUAAACCGACGUCGCUUCAUGAUAUAUCAGUUAGACGGUUACUGUACCGCCAAAAAGGAUAAAAUUCAGUUAAAAUUGGAUGACAGAAACCCAGCUUUUUUGUGCAGCCGCAGAUGAUACUGCACGCUCCAUUACCAUAUCUUCUUUCUUCCUGACCGUUUCUCUAUACAUGGCUUCUCUUCCUUUCAACAAUGCACCAAACUCAAAUUUCUCUCACUCCAAACCCACAAAAUCUCACAGAAUAAAUCAAACCCAUUUCACAAAACUUCAGUUAGAACCCAAUCACCGUCGAUUUCCAUACAAAUCUUAUCUCCGCAACAUUUCUUCUCUAUGCAAACAAGGGCAAAUUCAACAUGCUUUGAACCUACUUAAAUAUAUGGAGCUCAGAAAUGUCGUAAUUGGAGCUGAUAUUUAUGGCGAGCUACUACAAGGAUGUGUAUACGAGCGAGAUUUCUUAACCGGCCAGCAAAUUCACGCUCGAAUUAUAAAAAAUGGUGAUUUAUUUUCCAGAAACGAGUAUAUAGAGACAAAAUUGUUAAUUUUUUAUGCGAAGUGCGGUAGUUUAGAGAUUGCAAAUAGUUUGUUUGUCAGAUUGAGAGUGAAGAACGAGUUUUCUUGGGCUUCCAUUACUGGUUUACAUUGUAGAUUGGGUUUUCAUGAAGAUGCUUUAAUAGGUUUAUGUGAAAUGAUAGAUAGUGGCCUUUUGGCUGAUAAUUUUGUAUUGCCUAACGUGCUAAAGGCUUGCGGUGCUCUGCAGUGGAUUAGGUUUGGAAAAGGAGUUCAUUGUUAUGCAGUGAAGACGGGUUUAGAUGGGUGUGUUUUUGUUUCUAGUAGUCUGGUGGAUAUGUAUGGAAAAUGUGGGAUUUUAAAAGAUGCAAGGAAAAUGUUUGAUAAUAUGCCCCAGAAGAAUGUGGUUACAUGGAAUUCGUUGAUUAUGGGAUAUGUUCAAAAUGGGUUUCAUCAAGAAGCAAUUGAGAUGUUUUAUGAUAUGAGGUUGGAAGAUGUUGAGCAUAGCAGAGUUACUUUAUCUGGCUUCCUUUCUGCUUCAGCUAAUUUAGGUGCAGUUGCAGAGGGAAUGCAGGGUCAUGCUUUUGCUAUCAAAGGUGGAUGUGAGUUGGAUAAUAUCUUAGGUAGUUCAAUUUUGAAUUUCUAUUCUAAGAUUGGAUUGAUUGAGGAUGCUGAGUUAGUUUUCAGUAGAAUGCUUGAAAAAGAUGUGGUGACAUGGAAUUUGCUUAUUUCUAGUUACGUGCAAUGUCAGCAAGUUGAAAAAGCACUUGAUACAUGUCGUCUAAUGAGAUCCGAGAAUAUGAAAUUUGACUCGGUGACUCUAGCCUCCAUAUUAUCUGCGUGUGCUAAUAUGAAAAAUAUAGAACUUGGCAAAGAAGGGCACAGUUAUUGUAUCAGAAACAGUCUUGAAUCUGAUGUAGUAGUUGCAAAUAGCAUUAUAAAUAUGUAUAUAAAAUGUGGGAGAACUAGGAAUGCAAGAGUAGUUUUCAAUUACACGAUAAAUAAAGAUCUUACCAUGUGGAAUACACUAUUGACUGCUUAUGCUGAACUUGGUCUAGUUGGUGAGACCUUGAAGCUUUUCUAUAAAAUGCAGUUGGAGAGUGUGCCACCAAAUGUGACCUCUUGGAAUUCAGUUAUUUUGGGAUUUCUAAGAAAUGGUAAGGUCAACAACGCAAAAGAUAUGUUCACAGAGAUGCAGGCUGUUGGUGUCCAUCCUAACCUUGUUACUAUGACUACUCUUAUAUCUGGUCUUCUUCAUAAUGGUUUGGGCAAUGAGGCACUUCAGAUAUUCCAGAGAAUGCAAGAAUAUAGGAUAAGACCAAAUACUGAAAGCAUCAUUAGCACAAUCUCCGCUUGCAGAGAUGUGGCGUCAUUGCAGUAUGGAAGAGCCAUUCAUGGCUAUAUCAUAAGGCACGGCCUCUGGUCCCGAAUUCCAAUUGCAAAAGCUUUGGUGGAUAUGUAUCUUAAAUGUGGAUACGAUAACCAAGCCAAUCGGGUGUUUGAUAUGAUUUUAAGCAAAGAAUCACCCAAACAUAAUACAAUGAUCUCUGCCUAUCGCAAAUGCAUUCCACGAUCAAGGUAUAGGAACUCUCUCCCCAGAAUGAGAAACUAGAGGAGAAAGUAAGCAGAACCAGACUGCACAACGUCUAGUAACAAAUUGUCUGCUGGCAAUGAUGAGGGGAAUUGAAAUUCCAAAUUUUUAUGCAUUUGGCACGAGACAGUGAGAUAGUUAUUAAAACUAAGAGUAUAAGAAGGCCUAAAGAAGAUUCCCUUAUGCAGCUGAAUUUUGGCGCGGUGUGGAUCACAACCAAAAUUUUGUGGAAAUCUAUGGGCGUUGGCUUUAUGGAAAAUUGAAAUGUACUUCAAUGGAAUAUAUUCUGUUGGAAGGCAAGUUUAUUAUUGAGAACAAAGAAAGUGCUAUCAAGAGCUCUAUCAGACAGGCACAGGCGUUCAGCCUGGGUUUUCACAGCGAUAUGACAUUUUUGUUAUUCUACAAGUCUGCCAAACUUUUCUCCACUGUAGAAAAUUGUAUUCAAAACUGUGUAGCCUAAAAAUACCUGAAUGAAAUGGAAAAAGAACUUAAGAUGUUAUAACUCAUUUUAAACCAAUUAUAAUCAAAUUGUCGGGAAACUGCAAGGUUAUUCAAA